AUAGCACAUACAAAUGUCGGUUUCUUGAGUCGACAACUAUCGCAUUCGCGUAUAAAUACGUAGAAAGAUUAAUUUGAGUGGUUUGGUCAUCUUCCAAAUUCUCAACAACAAAUUCGUGAAUAUGCAGGCCAGUGAUAGAUUUAACAUCAAUUCCCAGCUUGAGCACCUCCAAGCUAAAUAUGUUGGGACUGGGCAUGCAGAUUUGACCAGAUUUGAAUGGGCUGUUAACAUCCAACGUGAUAGCUAUGCUUCCUAUGUUGGGCAUUACCCAAUGCUUGCAUACUUUGCUGUUGCAGAAAAUGAGUCUAUUGGAAGAGAACGUUACAACUUCAUGCAGAAAAUGCUGCUACCUUGUGGCCUUCCUCCUGAAAGAGAAGAUGAUUGAGAGAUGAUGCUAUACCGUACUACCAUAAGUUCUGAUGUUUGGUUCAACAAGCAUUGUGUGUUUCCAUUGAGACUUUUGGAGGAUAAAAUUGUUAAAAGGAAUUCCUUCUCUCAUCUGAAUCCUGUACUAAAAAAUUAUGAUGUAAUAGCAACUUGGUGGAUGUGUUUGUUUAUUUGUCUGUCUCUAUAAACAGGUAAUGAUUGUUUAGAUUAAUGAAAAUUGACUUUGAAGCAAAGAAGUUUGAAUGUGUGUAAUACCCCUCUCCUUUUUAUUAAACCACAAAAUGUGACGAUAUUGCAGAUUUGCAAA